AUGACUUCUACACACACCGCGGGAGAUGUCCCAAUUGCGAUCGUGGGCUUAGCAUGUCGGUUUCCCGGCGACGCUAGCUCGCCAUCCAAGUUCUGGGACAUGCUGAAGAACGGCAAAGAUGCCUACUCACCAACAUCACCCAGAUGGAACUCGGACGCUUUCUACCACCCAGGCGACACCCGAUUGAACGCACUACCCACCAAAGGAGGCCACUUUCUGAAAGAAGAUCCUUACGUGUUCGAUGCCGCUUUUUUCAACAUCACCGCUACGGAAGCAAUCGCCCUGGAUCCCAAACAACGGAUCGCCAUGGAAGUGACAUACGAGGCAUUUGAAAACGCGGGCAUGUCCCUUCAACGGAUUUCUGGCACCCAGACGGCCUGUUACAUCGGCUCUGGUCCAAGCGACUAUCGAGGGGCAGUUGAGCGCGACUUCUUGCACAAUCCCAAAUACCAUCUCCUCGGGACCGGUGAUGAGAUGAUUUCCAAUCGCAUAUCUCAUUUUUUUAAUGUCCACGGCCCUAGUGCCACGGUUCAGACAGCCUGCUCGUCCAGUCUUAUGGCUACCCAUUUGGCCUGCCAAAGCUUGAAGUCGGGCGAAUCAGAGAUGGCCAUUACGGGUGGCGUGAGUCUGAUGCUCACCCCGGACUUCACGACACAUCUGAAUAACUUGAAUUUCCUCAAUCCUGAGGGCCUGUCGAAAGCAUUUGAUGAGAGCGCAGGUGGAUACGGUCGUGGUGAAGGUUGCGGAAUCAUCAUCCUGAAACGGCUGGCUGAUGCAAUCCAUGAUGGCGAUGACAUCCGUGCCGUCAUCCGCGCCACUGGUGCUAAUUCAGAUGGCUUUACACAGGGUGUGACAAUGCCGUCUCUGGAAGCACAGACUGCACUCAUAGAACACGUCUACUUGUCCAACGGGUUGGACUAUUCGACACAAUACGUCGAGGCACACGGUACGGGGACCAAAGCUGGAGAUCCAAUUGAAACAAAGGCCAUUUAUAGCACCAUCGGGAAAGGCUCGCCAAAACCGCGCAAGCUCUUGAUAGGAAGUGUGAAACCCAACAUUGGCCAUCUCGAAUCAGCUGCUGCACAAUCUUAUCCCCCCAAUCUUCACUUCUCUAAAGGCAAUCCCGCGAUUCCAUUUGACGAAUGGAACAUUGCUGUACCCACCAAAUUGACGCCUUGGCCUGUUGCUCAUACAAAGCGUAUGAGCGUCAGCGGCUUCGGCAUGGUCCUGGAAUCGUUCGACCCGACCCGUUUCGCCAAUGGGUCUGGAACGAUCAACGGCUUUUCCAAAUUAGAGAGGACGCGUGCCAAGAAAAGACUCUUCGUCUUCAGCAGCCACGACCAGGCCGGCUUCAAGCGGAAUGCUGAUGCCCUGGUUGAACAUCUAGACACCGUCGGUCCCGUGGCCUCGAGCUCGGACUUCAUGGCAAAUCUGUCCUACACACUCUCCCGGGCCAGAUCCAGCCUCUCGUGGCGGGCAACAUGUAUUGCUGAGAACAUGACUGAGCUCCGUGACCAUCUGAGCACCGAUCCAGGGGAAGGCGCCUCCCGGGACGCCAGCAGUGCCACUCGGGCCCCACGAAUUGGUUUCGUUUUCACAGGACAAGGUGCACAGUGGGCGCGUAUGGGCGUGGAGAUGCUCGACCGCCCUGUUUUUAGGGACUCGGUUGCGCAAUCGGCAAACUUCCUCCGAGAGAUAGGUUGUGCCUGGGAUCCUGUCGCAGAACUCAAGAAGACACAAGCCGACUCCCGCCUGAGCCAGCCGGAGAUCAGUCAGCCGAUCUGCUCCGUGCUCCAGAUCGCCCUAGUCGACGAGCUGCGGUCGUGGGGCGUGACACCGUCCAGAGUGGUUGGGCAUUCCAGCGGCGAGAUCGCAGCUGCAUACAGCAUUGGAGCGCUUAGCCACCGCGACGCAGUUGCAGCUGCCUACUUCAGGGGCGUGGCUGCUACCAGGCUUCGAACUGAUGCGCCAAAUCUCAAGGGCGGCAUGAUGGCUGUCGGCUGUUCGCGAGACGAAGCAGAGAAAUUGAUCCAACAGUCGAAGCUCGAUGGCACCGCUGCCGUCGCCUGUGUCAACUCACCUUCCAGUGUGACGCUGUCGGGCGAUGUUGACGCACUUGAGCAACUCCGAGCCAUCUUAGACGAGCGUAAGGUGUUUGCCCGGCGACUGAAAGUCGAGAUGGCGUACCACAGCAGGCAUAUGAAUCGUGUGUUUGGCAGUUACGCUGAACUCAUUGCCGAUCUUAAGCCUAUACCACGAAAGUACAAUGAGAACGAGAACGAAGAUGGACGCAUUCCAACCAUGGUAUCCAGUGUGACUGGCCAGGAGGUCGCACCAGAGCUUCUAAGGCCAUACUAUUGGGUCCGCAACUUGGUCUCUCCGGUUCUCUUUUCCGAUGCGGUCAAGGAGAUGGUCUCCCCAGCCGAAGAUGAAAAAGAAGAUGAUAAUGAUGACAGCAGUGGUAACCACAGCGACAACACUGUUGACCUGCUGAUCGAAGUUGGCCCACACAGCGCCCUUGGCGGACCGGUGGAGCAAAUUCUAGGGCACCACGGCAUUAAAGACGUCGCCUACAAGUCGAUGCUUACACGCGGACGCAAUACCCUUGAAACGAGUCUCGAGCUCGCGUCAGAGCUAUUCCUCAGAGGAGUCCCCAUCGACAUCUCCAAGGUCAACGGCGAUCUGAAUCCCCGUCGACUUACCGACCUUCCCCCGUACCAAUGGAACCAUUCCAAGGUCUUCCGCCACGAGACUCGGAUUCAGAGGGAGCUCGUGAUGCGCCAAUUUCCCUCAAAGAGCAUUAUCGGCGCCCAAGUCCCGAUGAUGGAUGAGAGCCAACAUGUCUGGCGCAACUUCCUCCGGUUGUCCGACGAGCCCUGGCUUCGCGGUCACAAGGUCGGUAGUACUGUGCUAUUCCCCGCGGCUGGCCUCAUCAGCAUGGCGCUUGAGGCCGCACAGCAGUUGGUGGAGCCCAGCAAGACGGUGCGCACCCUUCGGCUUCGCGAGAUCUCGUUCUCUGCUGCUAUGGCACUUUCUGAGGAUGCGCCGACUGAGAUUAUCCUGCACAUGCGGCCGCACCUUCUUGCAACCUCGGGUUCCACACCAGCUUCCUGGUGGGAGUUUACCAUAUCCUCAUGCGCUGGCAUCGAUCACUUGCGAGACAAUUGCCGAGGAUUGAUUACCAUUGACUACACCGAAAGUACCAGUGAGCAGAUGGCUAGCGAAGAUGCCAGCCUGGAGGCGUCUAGGGUUGCCGACUACCACCGUGUCCACGAGGGGUGUCCGGACACUUAUUCCAAAGAGGACUUCUACGGCCAAUUCGAAAAGAUCGCCUGGAAGUACGGCGGGGCCUUCCAGGGCGUCGAGAAUGUCCAUCUUGGCGACGGCCGGUCAACCUACGACGUGAGGCUCGUCGACAUCGGCGAGACCUUUAGCAAAGGACAACUGGACCGCCCAUUUUUGAUCCACGCGGGUGCCCUCGACUCGAUCCUCCAGGGCUGUCUGGGUAGCACGUACAAGAAUGGGGGAUUCGAGAUGAACAAGCCGGUCUUGCCUACGUUUAUUGGCCAGAUGGAGAUCUCGCUGGAUAUUCCGGGAGAUGUUGGGUAUGUCCUGCCAGUGCUCUGCGAGUCGAAGAGACAUGGCUUUAAAGAGUUGUCGUCGAAUAUCUACGCGUUUGAUAGUGCAGUGUCCAAGAUCAACCUGUCCGUUAUUGACUACCGAGUCUCGGAGCUGGAGAAUGACGCGGGUGAACAGGAUAGCCAGCAGCUGGAGGUCGAUCCGGCCGAGAUCACCUCUGAAGUUCUGGAGCCGGAAGAAAUCAAGAAGGUGGUGUCGGCUGUUGCAGCAGAAGAUCGGCUGAUCCGUCUGUACCUCCAUGACAACCCGGCAGCCACCGUGAUCGAGCUCGCGCCUGACUACAAGGCUCUUAACCAUGCGACAAUGUCAUUGCUGCCCCGCGGAACCAUUCUCCCAAGCCAUAUCCAAUACGCUGUAGCAGGCAUUGGUAACGAGUCUGAGGACCAAUGUACCACCGCAAAUGUGAUUGGGAAAGCCUUUGACCUGGGCGAUGAGGAUGACCCCUUGCCCGCAGACAUUGCGGCGGCGGAUUUGUUGGUCGCUCCGCAAUCCGUCAGCAAUCAUAAGGAUUUGGGCGUGUUACUGGGUCGUCUGACAAGCCUUGGCAAGCCUGAUGCAAGCCUGGUUCUCGCUGUGGACAGCAAUCUGGGGAAUCUGCCUCCAUUUUGGAGGCUAACGGAUUUCGACGCGUCUUUGAUACGGCAAUCUGAGCAUGCCAACGGGCUCACCAACGGCUACACUAACGGCAACACGAACGGCACAUCUUCAAAAUCCGACUUGGUCAUUAUCGAGCCACCAGCAACAAAUAGCGGCAUCUCUUUCUGCUCUGCUCUGCAAGCCACUCUCCGCGACCAUGGUUAUAGCGUGGUCGUGACCAACUGGGCCGAGAUCAGUGCCCGUGCAGCCACCGACCUCGAGGGCAAGACGUUCAUCUCGUUGCUGGAGCUCGAGCAGCCCCUGCUGGACAAUCUCUCAGAGCCGGAUUUCCACAAUGUCCGCAAGCUGCUGCUGAACAGCGACCGCCUGCUCUGGAUCACAGCCGGCGACAAUCCGUCCAUGGGUGUGGUCGAUGGCAUUCGGAGGACGAUGAGGAGUGAGGUGGCUGGUCUCAAGUUCCAGGUCUUGCAUCUUAGUAGCCUGGAGACGGCGUUGCAGUGUGGUCCAGCCCUUGCAGGUCGCAUUGUGACGACCCAUACCAAAGAUGAUGAGUUCCAGGAGCGGGAUGGUAUGCUCCAGGUUGCUCGUAUCUUCAUCAGUCCCGAGGGAAAUGAGGGCGUGCGCCACUGUCUGGAGGACUCCGUUCGUGUCCAGCGGUUGGCGGAUCAAGAGCGACCCCUGAGGCUCACGAUUCUGAAGCCAGGACUCAUGGACACUUUGACGUUCAUUGAGGACGACCGCAUGAAAGUUCCACUUGGAGAGUCAGAGAUCGAGGUCGAUGUCAAAGCAACAGGUGUCAACUUCAAAGACAUCAUGGCGGCCAUGGGCCUCGUCGAAGUCUCCCUCAUCGGCCAAGAAGCCAGCGGCGUCGUCACGGCGACCGGGAGUGCAGCAGCCUCACGCUUCCAACCCGGCGACCGCGUCACGCUUCUCUGGGAGGGCAUGCAUGCCACCAAGCUCCGAAUCGAUCACCGUCUUGCCGUGCACAUCCCCGGCUCCAUGUCUUUCGAAGUCGCCGCCGCCCUGCCCAUGGUCCACGCCACUGCCUACCACGCGCUCGUCAACGUCGCCAAACUACGCCCCGGCCAAUCCGUCCUCAUUCACGCUGCUGCCGGCGGCGUCGGUCAAGCUGCACUGCAGUUAGCUGCUCACCUAGGCCUCGUGGUUUAUGUGACCGUCGGAAGCGAGGACAAGCGCCGUCUCCUGAUGGAGAAGUAUAACGUGCCUGAAACGCAUAUCUUCCACUCCCGUGACGCUAGCUUCGCCAAAGCCAUCAAGCGCGUCACGGGCGGCCGCGGCGUCGACUGCGUGCUCAACUCGCUGUCUGGCGAAUUGCUCCGUGUCUCAUGGACGUGUCUCGCGCCCUUUGGCACGUUCGUCGAGAUCGGGCUGCGCGAUAUCACGAAUAACAUGCGUCUGGACAUGCGUCCGUUCAGUGGCAGCACAACCUUCGCAUUCAUCAACAUAGCCAAUUUCUUCAACGCUGAGGGUCUUGAAGUGCUGGGGCAGAUCCUAUCUGACGCCUUUGACCUUGUGCAUAAGGGCGUUCUGGGUGCCGCGUACCCGCUAACAGUGUACCCUGUGGCCCAGCUUGAGACGGCUUUCCGUACGAUGCAGCAGGGGAAGCAUCGCGGCAAACUCGUCCUAUCAUUUACCGACAAUGCCGAAGCACCCGUACUCUGCAAAGCUCAAAACAGUCUCCGUCUCAGCCCCGAUAGCACCUAUCUCUUUGUCGGCGGCCUCGGCGGCCUGGGACGCAGCCUAGCGCGCGAAUUUGUCGCUUGUGGAGCACGACACAUCGCAUUCAUAUCCCGCUCGGGCGAUUCCAGUGCAGAAGCCAAAGCCACGAUACAGGACCUCACCACCUCUGGCGCCGUCGUCAAAGCGUAUCGUGCAGACGUAGCAGACGAAACUGCCUUCCUCUCCGCCAUGCAACAAUGCACCACCGACCUCCCGCCCAUCGCGGGCGUCCUCCAAAUGGCGAUGCUGCUGCGCGACACGCUGUUCGAGAAAAUGUCGUACGCGAAUUGGACGCAGCCCAUGCGGCCCAAGAUCCAAGGCUCACUCAAUCUGCACAACUACUUCUCUUCCACGCGCCCGUUGGAUUUCUUCCUCAUCUGCUCCUCCAUAUCCGGCAUCUUCGGCUACCACGGCCAAACGCAAUACGCCGCCGCCAACACAUUCCAAGACGCCCUCGCACACUACCGCCGCAGUCAAGGCCUCAAGGCCGUGGCGGUCGAUCUCGGCAUCAUGCGAGACGUCGGCAUUCUAGCUGAGCAAGGCACAACUGGCAAACUCGCCGACUGGGAAGCCGUUCUCGGGAUCCGCGAAAAGCCCUUCCACGCGCUGAUGAAGAGCCUGAUCAACCGCGAGUGGAAAGGAGUCAGUGACGCGUCUCCUGCGCAGGUGUGUACCGGCCUAGGGACGGCAGACGUCAUGGCCCGGUUCGGGCUGGAGCGGCCCGAGCAUUUCAGUGAUCCGCGGUUUGGCCCGCUGAAUGUGUUGAGUAUUGCAUCCUCGUCCUCCUUCGCAGACCAAGACACCUCAUCCGCAGCAUCAUCGCCCUCCACGCGUCUCGCUGCCGCGUCCACCCUCGCCGAAGCCGUGUCCAUCAUCACGGACGCGCUCGUACACAAGACGGCGGAGAUACUGCAGAUGCCCUUGUCCGAGGUGGAUCCAGGUAGGCCUAUGUACCGAUAUGGAGUGGAUUCGCUGGUGGCGCUCGAGGUCCGCAACUGGAUUACUAGGGAGCUGCAGGCGAAUAUGGCGCUGUUGGAGAUUCUGGCAGCGGAGCCGAUGAGCGCGUUUGCGGGGAAGAUUGCGGAGAAGAGUAGGUUAGUUGUAGGUAGAGUCUAG